UAGUCUUCUUUGUUAAACCAAAAUAUUAUUUUGUUCAUGUAUAAAUAUGCGGGACAUUUAUCUCUCAGCAGUGUUGGUUAUCAUCGUAGAUUCUUUUUCUCUCACCAGGAAGGGAAAAAAAAAUCAAAACAAAAAAAAAACGAAAACAAUAAACAAAAGCAUUUCACCUGCCGACGGAAAAUCUGACUGGAGCUUCAACUAUUCAGUCUACACCGCCGUGCUGUCAUGGCCCCAAUUGCAAGCAAGUUGACGCCGCGCUCGUCGGCUGUCAUUACAGCUUCAGGAUUUGCACUUGCCUUUUUGUAUCGUAUUCUAUCGCAACGUCUUCACAAUAAAAAAAAUGAAGAAAUUGAGGUUGUCAUUCCACAGAAAGAUGAAAAGAAAGAAAAGCCAGCAGUGGACCAGGUUUUUCUUGCGCGGCUGUUAAAGAUUUUGAAGAUUAUGAUUCCAGGCUGGCUGUCUGUUGAGUCAUGGUACCUUGUGAUGGUUGCUCUUUCUUUGAUUGCUCGGACAUAUGCUGAUGUAUGGAUGAUCCAAAAUGGAACAGCGAUUGAAAGUGCCAUCAUUGGUAGAGAUUUGGAACUUUUCAAAAUACACUUGUUCCGAUUUAUUUAUGCAAUGCCAGCUGUUUCUGCUACAAAUAAUUUAUUGAAAUAUGGACUCAGCAAACUAAAGCUCCACUUCAGAGUUCGAUUGACAAACCAUCUAUAUGAGAAAUAUUUAAAAGGGUUCACAUUUUACAAGAUGAGUAACCUUGAUAACCGUAUUUCAAACCCUGAUCAACUCCUCACUCAAGAUGUAGAGAAAUUUUGUAACUCUGUCGCUGAUUUGUACUCAAACUUAAGCAAGCCUGUUAUGGAUGUAAUCAUCUACAGCUUGAAACUGACCAAUAGUAUUGGAAUUCAGGGUCCAGCAACUAUGUUAUUGUACUUAGCUAUAUCUGGUUUAGUCCUUACACGUGUACGCCGUCCAGUUGCUAAGCUGACAAUGAAAGAGCAGCGUCUGGAAGGAGAAUAUCGAUACGUAAACACCAGGUUAAUCACUAACAGUGAAGAAGUAGCCUUCUACCAAGGGAAUAAACGAGAGCACAAUAUCAUUAUUGCAACUUUUAAGAAAAUGGUUAGCCAUGCAAAUUCCUUCAUAUUCUUCCGUAUGCAAAUGGGUUUCAUCGAUAGUAUCAUUGCCAAAUAUGUUGCAACUGUUUGUGGAUAUUUGGUAGUAAGUCGUCCAUUCCUGAACCUUGCUCAUCCACGCCAUCUACACAGUACCAAAAGUGAACUCCUGGAGGACUAUUAUAAAAGUGGGAGAAUGCUGGUCAAAAUGGCAGAAGCUACUGGACGAAUUGUACUAGCUGGGCGUGAAAUGACUCGAUUAUCAGGAUUCACUGCCCGAGUAAUAGAGUUGAUGCAAGUUCUUGAUGAACUCAAUAAAGGAUCAUAUAAACGCACAAUGGUAAUUGAAAAUGGUUUGAACAGACCAACCCCGCUAAAACCUGGCAGUGGCAAAAUUAUUUUCAAAGAUCACAUGAUUAUGUUUGACAAAGUUCCAUUAGUGACACCUAAUGGCGAUGUUCUAAUCAAGGAGCUAACUUUUGAGGUACAUUCUGGCAUGAAUGUUUUGGUAUGUGGUCCAAAUGGAUGUGGAAAAAGUUCUUUGUUCCGUACUCUUGGAGAACUGUGGCCAUUGUUUGGUGGAACAUUAAUUAAACCAGAUAAACGGAAACUCUUUUACGUCCCUCAGCGACCCUAUAUGGCUGUUGGUUCACUCCGAGAACAAAUGAUAUACCCAGAUGUUCAUGUAGAUCAAAGGGCAAAGAACAUUAAUGAUGCUCAACUGGAAGAUAUUUUGGAAAAGGUUCAGUUAGGGUAUUUACUGGAGAGAGAAGGUGGUUGGGAGUCAGUGAAGGAUUGGAUGGAUGUGCUCAGUGGAGGUGAAAAACAAAGAAUGGCUAUGGCUCGUCUCUUCUAUCACAAACCCCAGUUUGCUAUUCUAGAUGAAUGUACAAGUGCUGUCAGUGUCGAUGUCGAAGGUUUUAUUUACCAACAUUGCAGAAAGCUUGGAAUUACACUGUUUACAGUUUCACAUAGAAAAUCUCUGUGGGAGCACCAUGAGUAUUACUUGAAGAUGGAUGGACAAGGCAACUAUGAAUUCCAGCCAAUCACACCUGAAACAAAAGAAUUUGGUUCAUGACUUAACAAGAUUGCUGUAAAUUGUAUUGGUUGAUGAAUACUGAUAACAUCUUGAUAAGAUAGUGUCUGCUGGCACCUGUUAUUUGAAAAUCAACUGUCUGACAAAUGUGUGUGUGUGUAUAUAUAUAUUUAUGUAUAUGUAAAUAUAUAUGUGUGUGUUUGCGUAUAUAUACACAUAUACAGGUGUACAUACUCAUGUAUAUUUCUGUGCAUGUAUAUGUGUGUAUAUAUAAUAUACACAUGUGUAUAUGUAUACACACAUAUGUAUGUAUGUUUGGAUAUGUUGUCUGAAUUUUGAUGCUAUUAGCAUGGAAAAAAUAUAGGGCAAAUGUACAUACAUACAUACAUGUAUAAAUAGCAUGUACAUGUGUUUUUAUUGUAUUAUGUGUAUAAACAUCUGUGUGUGCAUGUGUGUGUAUGUAUAUAUAUAUAUAUACACACACUAAACUAAUGUCAGAGGCAGGAUUUUAUGAAAAUGAGAUAAAAGUAUGUCAAUUUGAAAUAGAUAAAUUUACCAGCUAGGAAUGAGCAUCAAUUACGAUAAUAAUAUUAAUUAAUAAAUGUUAAUAAUGAUGAUGAUAAUAAUGUAAA